GUAUAUCGCACAUACAUAGCAAGUACAAACAAACCAGGAAGUGUGAUGAUGAAUAUACGCAUCUUGAUACAUCCACCGUGUCCGGUAAUCGUUGCUAGUGGUAUCAGCCUCAUCGCAUACCAACUGUUCGCGUAGUGUGGACGAGAGCAAGUCUGAGCUUGACACGAUGCAAUUUACCGAAAUCAAUCAAAACUGAAGUGGUUCCAAAACGAACGGCAAUUUGUAGGCGCGAAAAUUCAGGAUAGAAAACAUAAAUCUUUCAGUAGUGUCGUUGGUUGAAACAUGAGCCACGCGUCGUGGUCGUCGUCGCCGUCGCUACGCGAAUUAUCGUUGAUGACCAAGUAGAAGCGUACAAUGAACACCGCAGCUGUUGGCGUUGAAUAUCAAAGACUUUCGCAGCACGAGAACGACACAGUCAGUGGUGCAUCCACCGACAGUGAAACGGAAGAGUGGACAGCCCUGGGAGGCAACCGAGUCAGAAAUCAGUUGGGUGUUGAUUUGGAAGCGGACCACCGUAGCAGAAUUGGAAAAAUGAAGAUCGAAAUGUACCAGGAACUGGUAGGUUCGAAGAAACGCAACACCAAGAAAUAUCUACUGAUAGGCGGCGGAGUAGCGAUCGUACUGGCUGUUGUGAUCACCCUGGUCGUGGUGCUUACCGGAGACGAUGCAAGUGAUAAUGGCAAUAGCAGUCCGGUCGUGUCCGGUGCAGACUCGAUUACUUUGGACGAUUUCCUCACCGGUAAACUGGCGGCACGUAGUUUCAGCGGUGCAUGGUCCUCGGGCGGGCAGGUGAUUUCGCGGGAUGAGGUCGGCCGGGUGCUUGCAUAUAACCCGGCAACGAAUGAAACCAAGACGUUACUGGAUGAGAAGCAUGAAGAACUGCUGCAGGGUUUUAAGUUUGAUCUUUCGGCCGACGAGCGGUACCUGUUGGUCGCCAGGGGCUACAGCAAAAUCUUCCGGCACAGCUUUUUGGCGGUUUAUGAUAUUGUUGAUCUUCAGAAUGAUCGUGUCAUUGAGGUUAAUGUUGGUGGCGUAAGGAGAGCUCUCAACGUGGUGGAAUGGAGCCCGGUCGGAAACUCUUUCAUUUUUGUCUACCUUAACAAUUUGUACUAUAAAUCAUCGCCAGAUGCUGUGGAGGUUCAGAUUACAAAUGACGGCGAAGCCAGUAUCUACAAUGGAAUUCCCGACUGGGUUUACGAGGAAGAAGUUUUCUCCACAAAUAUUGCCACGUGGUUUUCGGCGGAUGGUCAGAAGCUUGCAUUUAUUAGGUUUAACGAUACCAAUACAAGGCUGAUGAAAAUUCCAAUAUAUGGACCUCCUGGUCAUCCGGAGUUCCAAUAUCCGCAUGAACUCACUCUGCACUAUCCGAAGGCAGGAACUACAAAUCCAACAGUGAAUCUUUAUCAGGUGAACCUAACGAAUAUAGCUCAAGUUGAAAUUGAACCACCAACUGCUUUAGUAACAUCAGAGAAAGAUCACAUUAUUGCCUCGGUUGGUUGGGCCAACAAUGAUCGUCUUAUAACGAUAUGGAAGAAUCGAGUACAGAACCAUGCCAUCAUAACGACGUGUGAUGGAACCAAUAAAUGCGAUGUAAUUCAAGAAAUUCGUGCCAAUGGAGGAUGGUUGGAGCUGUUUAGCGCACCGGUGUUUAACAAAGAUGGAUCACAAUUUGUGAUCAUAAAAUCCCAGGAUCAAGCAGACGCUGGAGGCUACAAUCAUAUCACAAUGAUGUCAACUGAAACUACGAGUAGCAUGGCGUUCACCAGCGGAAAAUAUGUGGUGCAAGAAAUUUUAAUGUGGGAGCCGGAAAACAAUCUGAUAUUUUAUGGUGCCAACACGGAAGAAGAUUCCCAUGUGCUGCACAUAUUCGCAGUGAAAGGUGUUUCCGGUGCCAAGCCAGUGUGCUUGUCUUGCAAGGUUGGAUCGAGUCCGACCCAGUCCUAUUUCAAUGCACAAAUGAGCAAAAAGGGAAAUUAUAUUGUACUGGAAGCUAAAGGACCGAAUGUGCCUUGGGCAGAGAUGUUUGAGUGGAAUUUUGCCAACGAUGACAUUACUCUCAAGCCUAUUAAAACCCUGGAAACAAACUCUGAGCUGCGAUCUCAAUUGGAAGGCAAGUCGGUGCCUUCCGUUCAAUAUCACGAAAUCGACUUGGGCAAUGGAUUUACCUCCAAAGUGAUGUUACUGAUUCCUCCUGGUGCUGAUCUGACUGGAUCGACCAAAUACCCGCUGCUGGUUGAUGUCUAUGGAGGUCCAAAUUCUUAUUCGGUAACUAGCUCUUGGUCAAUUGGUUGGGGCCAUUAUAUGAGCUCGAACCGAUCGGUAAUCUACGCCAAGAUCGAUGGUCGAGGAUCCGGUCUACGAGGUGAAAAGUUGUUGUUCCAAAUCUACCGCCAGUUGGGAACAUACGAAAUCGAAGAUCAGAUCACAACGGCUAAAAAACUUGGCGAGCAGCUGCCAUUCGUCGAUCCGUCCCGCGCUGCUAUCUGGGGUUGGAGUUACGGUGGCUAUGCAUCAGCAAUGGCUUUGACAAAGGAUUCUGAGCAUGUGUUCAAGUGUGCCGUUUCAGUUGCUCCCGUCACCGAUUGGACAUUCUAUGAUUCCAUCUAUACUGAGCGUUAUAUGGGGCUUCCAACAUCAACGGACAACAAGCAAGGCUACGAACAGUCUCGACUGACCGCGUUUUAUGAAAAGUUCCGAGACCGAAAGUACAUGUUGAUUCAUGGAACUUACGACGAUAACGUCCACUAUCAACAGGCUAUGCAACUCGCACGUGCUCUGGAAACUCAUGAUAUCAUGUUUAAACAAGUGAGCUACCCAGACGAGGAUCACAGUCUCGCGGGAGUGCGGCCCCAUCUGUACCACACCCUAGGCCGGUUCUUUAGCGAGUGUUUCGACCUUCGGGACUGACACGGCCUUCUAGCCGAGGACGGCGAGCACCAAAUGUACUUCAUACCGGACAAUGAUUCCUUCGUCCCAAAAGACUUAUCCAGCCUUCUGCAGGUGUUCCAUCUGCGAGAAGUCAUCAAUGGCAGCCAGUCCGUUUUGUAAAUAGUUUAUAAAAUAGUGUAUUUUGCGCACAAGUCCAAUAGUUGCGAUACUGUAAAUAGUGGGCCGAUGCUUAACCUGAUUGGGAUGCAAAUGUUCUCUAUUGCCUCAUGUGGUGUGUUUGUGUACAUUUUACCAGCUAAUGAUACCCAUAAUAGGUUUGUGAUAUAACACGACCAUCAACCAUUGUCAUAGCCAAUAUUUUAAGCACAAAAGAACAAGAUGCCAAGUUUUACAAAUUAGGAAAAUACUAGUCAGUAUUCAGAAGAAAUAAUGUGUAAAAUUUUAAUUGUCCUGUUUCUUACUACGUGUGUGUAGUUACGAAACAUUUGUUUUAAAUAGAUUUAUUUUUAAUCCACAUUUUGAUGUUCUUUGAAGGGGUAUCUUGAAUGAAUGUUUACAACUAGUAUGAGCUGUGUUAAAGAUAAGCCACGAAAUGUAGUUUGUUAUUUAAAUGUUGAUAAAUAAACAAUUUCAUAUAGAUUUUUUAAUGCCGGA